CUUCCUUUUACCAAUUAACCCUGGAACGUUAACGAGUUGCGUGGAAUCAGCUGGGAACUAUACUUUCUUUCUGUUAGUUAUCAACGGUCGACCAACGUUCUCACUGCUUUACAUUCGCACGGCUUUGACAGUGAAUAAACAUGGAAAUCCGUACACUGUUAAUAUUGUUAUCCGUGAUAGCAUCAGCGGUAACAUUUCCUCAAAAAGAUGGUCAAAUUUUUAGUAACGAGGCUAUAAAACAAGCACAGAAUACCUAUCUUAUUCCAAAAGAUGCGACAAUACAAAAGGUACAAGAGGGUAUAGAACUGGCUGCAUACGAAUCAAUUCCUGGUGAUCAAAAGAUCAAUCUUUUUGAAAUUCUGGGAGAGCACGUUCCUCCGGAAGUCGUGAACAAUCUUCAGACUCAGAUCGAUCAGAUAGGACGAAAUUAGAUUCGUUUCUUUCUUCCCCGAUUGUCAUCGUUUCCUUGUAAAAAUUUCUCUAGCCCUAAGUUUUAUAACAAAUAUUUAUAAAAUGUGAUAACCUUUUUUUUAUAACGAUGUACUUAGUUUUUGUCACUUUUUCUUAAAUAAAUUGAAUAAAAACACACCCUAUUCAUAUGAUCCUUAUAAAAAUAUUAACAUUCCUGAUUUCUGUGAGACUUUUGAGAAAGUCCUAUUGGUAUUAUUGUCAAGAGAAUGGCUAUGUUAAAUGUAUAUUAAAAACUUUCUUCACGACG